UACUGCAUGGCACAAAGCUAGAAGAAUUUCCAGACUGUACAAACGAUUUUUGCUCAAAAAUAGAAAUUAUAUUCGUCCAUUUUACAGACAGUAUAAAAAAAUGAAUACUGAAAGACCUGUUCAACAAUAUUUUAGUCCUUAUACAUUCAAUGGAGGGACUGUACUAGCUAUUGCAGGAGAGGAUUUUUCUGUCAUUGCUUCAGACACGCGUUUGAGUCAGGGAUUUGCCAUUCACACCAGAGAUAGCCCAAAGACUUACAAACUAACCAAUUCAACAGUUCUUGGAUGUGCUGGGUUUCAUGGUGAUUGCCUCACGCUAACGAAGCUUAUUACAGCAAGACUUCAGAUGUAUGAACAUGAGCAUGGGAGUAAAAUGAGCUGUCCUGCUAUUGCUCAGAUGUUGUCAACUGUUUUGUACUAUCGACGCUUUUUCCCAUACUAUACAUACAAUAUCUUGGCUGGGUUGGAUAAUGAAGGUAAAGGAUGUGUGUUUAGUUUUGACCCUGUGGGCUCUUAUGAAAGAGAGACUUACAGAGCUGGUGGCUCAGCAUCAGCCCUUCUACAACCACUACUUGACAAUCAGAUUGGGUUUAAGAACCAACAAGGGGCAACAGAGGUUCCUUUGACUAAAGAUAAAGCAGUUUUCCUGGUCAAAGAUGUUUUUACUGCAGCUGCUGAGCGAGAUAUCUACACUGGGGAUGCUGUUAUUAUCAGUGUUGUCACAAAAGAUGGUGUGACAGAAGAAGCCUUCCCACUUAGAAGAGAUUAAACUGAAGAGCGGCUUCUAAGUUUAACUUUGUAAACAAACUUGUCUGAAUUUCUAUGUGUUGCUGGAAGCAUUCUAGAUGCAAUGUUUGUUAUUUUACUCUGUGUCUUAAUGGUUCUUGUGUUUGUAAGUUCAGCUGCUGCGCUGUUGGUCACCAGGCUCCCUCUUCAUAGCAUAGGAACAAAAGCUGCACACUAGAGAGAGGCAAUUUGUUACUCGUGGAAUCUUGAGUGCUUCUGUCUUUCUCAAUGUAUAAUUUGUAGACAAUAAAAAUACUCUUCCGAAAAA